AUGUCCUAAAUUUUAGUAGAUAUUAUACAAAAGUUAGAUCAAGAGGAAUAUACUAAUGAAUUGGAAAUAAUAAAAGAAUUCAAUGAUAUCAUUCAUCUAAAAGUUUAUUAGCAACAUGUGUAUAAUUUCUGUGGUUAUCAUGCAACAUUCAAUAUCUUAUAAUUGCUUAACUAUUUUAAUAAAAAGAAAUGCUAUCUCCAUCAUUCUGUUUCAUUUUGGAAAUAUGUGAAAUCUUUCUAAGAUUAUCUUAAAUUAUAUAGAACUAAACAUAAUAUUAAUCAUGAACCUUGGAGCAAUUAUGAUAUAGAGCAUGGAGAUUUUGAAAGGUGUUUUAUAAAGCCUUGGAAAGAAAUUUAUCAUGAUGUUAUUGUUAUACAAUAUUAAUUUGGAAGAAUUGUUAAUAGUUAAAAGGAGAAAGAAUAAAUUGGAUAAGCGAUUUAAAAAUUUAUUGAAUAUUAAUAAGAAGCACCUUUAAUAUAAACAUAUUUGCUUGGUAUUACAUUUCAUUGGGUUUCAUUCGUUGCAGUGAAAUCUUAACAUACAACUAAAUUUUAUUUUAUGGAUUCUAAAAAUAUUGAUUAUUGUGAAUGGGGAGUUGAUCAAAUAUAAGAUUAUCUAAAUGAUAUUAAUAAUUAAAGAAUUAAAAUUGGUAGAAUUCCUUAUAAACCUUAUGAAAUAGAUAUGUAUUUUUAGGGAAUUCUAGACCUAUAAGGAUUAAUUAAACUUAUGAGUUAGGUUUUGACAGGAAAAUUAAAUUUUUAAGAAUAUUUAAGUGAUACUGCUACAUUAUUGUAUACAAAACCAUUAAUUGAAUCUUUGGGAAUGUCAGAAGAAUAAUUCUUAAACUCAAAUCCAGAAGAGAUUAAUUAAGAAUUAAUUACUAGAUGGGCUUCAGAGAAUAAACAUACAAUAUUUUGUGUCUUAGAAGAUGUACCAGUUCAUUUUGAAAGAUCGAGAAAAUUAUUAACUUAAGUCAAUAAAAUUACAUCAUAUAUUCAUUCAAAAAUAGGAUAAUAAGAAUCUCAUAAUCCAUUUUAAUAGUGUCAUGAUGUAAUUUAAGGAAUUGUUGAGAGUUUCAAAUAUUAAUGGAGUAACUAUCCGAAACAAAAGCAAAUUAAUUUAUAUUUUAAUGAUUCUGCUAAAUAUUAACAUGUCUCUUAUAUUACAUAUUUAAGGAAAGUUUAUUUUAGAGAAUUUAAGACUAAAUAACAUUACUAUCAUUUAAGGAUGUAAUUUUAUGAAAAUAUAUUUCAUCCUUAAGGUGGUGGUUAGCCUGAUGAUGUAGGAUCUAUCAUCAUUUAGGAUAAAGAAUUCAUUAUAAAGAAUAUGUAGAAUGAUAGGCAACAUUAAGAAAGUUAUGUUGAUAUUGAAUUUUCAGAAGAAGCUUAUGAAAUUUUAUUGAAUUGUAGAACAAAUAAAACUCCUAUUUUAUAGAAAGUUAACCCUCAUAUUAGACUUCUUCAUUCUUAAUUACAUUCAGCAGGACAUUUAUUGUAGGAAGAAUUAAUAAAGUUAGGCAAAAAUUUAAAGUAUGUAAAAGGAAUGCAUUUUUAAUAAGAAGCUUAUGUUAUAUUGGAAGGAGAGUUUGAAAUACCAAUAGAGUAAAUACCUAAAAAAAUUGAAUUUUAGAAUCUUUAAUUAUCAAUUAAUUAUUAUACACACUCUUAAGUAUUUGAUAUUUUAGGUUAUAUUCCUGAAUUUGUGGAGUUUUCUGAUAUGGUUAGAUGGAUAAAAUUAAGAAAUCAAGAUAUUGGAUUUCCUUGCUAUGGAACGCAUANUGAAAUAGAUAUGUAUUUUUAGGGAAUUCUAGACCUAUAAGGAUUAAUUAAACUUAUGAGUUAGGUUUUGACAGGAAAAUUAAAUUUUUAAGAAUAUUUAAGUGAUACUGCUACAUUAUUGUAUACAAAACCAUUAAUUGAAUCUUUGGGAAUGUCAGAAGAAUAAUUCUUAAACUCAAAUCCAGAAGAGAUUAAUUAAGAAUUAAUUACUAGAUGGGCUUCAGAGAAUAAACAUACAAUAUUUUGUGUCUUAGAAGAUGUACCAGUUCAUUUUGAAAGAUCGAGAAAAUUAUUAACUUAAGUCAAUAAAAUUACAUCAUAUAUUCAUUCAAAAAUAGGAUAAUAAGAAUCUCAUAAUCCAUUUUAAUAGUGUCAUGAUGUAAUUUAAGGAAUUGUUGAGAGUUUCAAAUAUUAAUGGAGUAACUAUCCGAAACAAAAGCAAAUUAAUUUAUAUUUUAAUGAUUCUGCUAAAUAUUAACAUGUCUCUUAUAUUACAUAUUUAAGGAAAGUUUAUUUUAGAGAAUUUAAGACUAAAUAACAUUACUAUCAUUUAAGGAUGUAAUUUUAUGAAAAUAUAUUUCAUCCUUAAGGUGGUGGUUAGCCUGAUGAUGUAGGAUCUAUCAUCAUUUAGGAUAAAGAAUUCAUUAUAAAGAAUAUGUAGAAUGAUAGGCAACAUUAAGAAAGUUAUGUUGAUAUUGAAUUUUCAGAAGAAGCUUAUGAAAUUUUAUUGAAUUGUAGAACAAAUAAAACUCCUAUUUUAUAGAAAGUUAACCCUCAUAUUAGACUUCUUCAUUCUUAAUUACAUUCAGCAGGACAUUUAUUGUAGGAAGAAUUAAUAAAGUUAGGCAAAAAUUUAAAGUAUGUAAAAGGAAUGCAUUUUUAAUAAGAAGCUUAUGUUAUAUUGGAAGGAGAGUUUGAAAUACCAAUAGAGUAAAUACCUAAAAAAAUUGAAUUUUAGAAUCUUUAAUUAUCAAUUAAUUAUUAUACACACUCUUAAGUAUUUGAUAUUUUAGGUUAUAUUCCUGAAUUUGUGGAGUUUUCUGAUAUGGUUAGAUGGAUAAAAUUAAGAAAUCAAGAUAUUGGAUUUCCUUGCUAUGGAACGCAUACAGUUGAAGGAUUAAAGUAAAUUUAGAUAACAAAUAUUUUGAAAAAAAAUAACUAAUUUACAAUAUUUUAUAUUUUAUGA